AUGUCCGUCAACUUUGGACGCCGGUUAUAUGCUCAUUUUUGGGAAGCCAAUCCUUUCAAUGGCUGCAUACGAUCAACUCUUAUUACUGCCGAUCCGUCGAGGAAAGUCUGCGACUCACUUUUUGUCAACCGACGAUGGUCGACAUGCACAAAAUCGACCCAGAUCACUAAACGUUUUGCUUCUGGGGGCUUCUUUGUUUUCAUGUCCCCAAGCUCUGCAGCAGUUGACAAGAAUAGCGCGGCAUGCAUAAUACCCUUGAACAAGACAACAUUUCCAACUAUCUGGAAACGAGCACUAUAUUCUCCGAAAGACGGUCGAUACGCUUCUAAUAAUUCUCAACUACCCCCAAAUAACAAUUCCAAGCAUAAUGUUCAAAAUCAAGACAAACCCCAUCCGACGAUCUCCCAUGAUUCCAAGUCGCAAGAUCAACAUCCAUCGACAAAUCCUAAUUUUCAUUUCAUGGAUCGUCUUCCUCACAUGCCCCAUCUACAUAGACCUACUAAGGAAGAAUUGUUGUCUGCAGCAACAGGCUUUUGGUCGCGCUUGAAGGUCCGGUUCAAGUGGUUUUCCAUUCGAAGCGUGCGGCCUUUCAAUUUGGAUGAGAUCACAGCACUUUUCUCAUGGGUAAUUUUGGGACACGUUGUCUGGAUUGUGGUCGGAACUACAACUUUCUUCUCGAUUUUGAUAUUUGCCAUCAACACCGUGUUCGCGCAGGAAACGCUUGCCAGAUGGGUGGGAAACUAUCUCACCAAGUCAUCUGGUGUAAAGGUUGUCUUUGAAUCUGCCAUUGUGCCUAAAUGGAAAAAUGGUGUCAUUACAUUCAAAAAUGUCUUCGUUUCGAGGCGACCUGGUCAAGGCGCCGGGCAUGUCACCAAGGGCUCCUCAAAGACCGCUGCAGCUGCAGCUGCAGCCCGAGGUGAUCUUGAGUCUGAGGAUCCUGAAGAAGAAGAUACAAAUUACACGCAAUUUGAUGUCUCUAUUGAAACCGUCAAUGUCACCCUAUCCUUCACGAAAUGGUUCAAUGGAAAGGGCCCACUCCGGGAUGUUGAAGUGAAAGGAAUCAGAGGCGUCGUCGAUCGCCGGCAUGUUUUCUGGCCAGAGGAACUCUUGGAUCCCAAGUCUUACCGACAUGAACAUAACUCUGGUGACUUUGAAAUCGACUCGUUCAAGAUGCAUGAUGUUCUAGUAACGGUCUACCAACCUGACAACUUCAGACCCUUCUCCAUUAGCAUAUUCUCUUGUGAUCUGCCUCAGCUACGAAAGCAAUGGCUUUUCUAUGAUUUCCUCUCUGCAAACAUGAUGUCGGGUUCCUAUGACAACUCCCUAUUUACCAUCCACCCCCGUCAAUCCCACGGCUUCUCUGGGAACCGGUUAAAUGAAGAAUUGGACGAACAUGGCAAACCCAAUCCCUGGAAAAAGCACAGUAGGAUUCGGGUUGAUGGGCUUAAUAUUGAUCAUCUUAAUCGUGGUGUACAAGGGCCUUUCUCAUGGAUUCACGAAGGAACCGUCGACAUUGUGGCUGAUAUCAUGUUCCCUGCUGAGAAUGACGAGAGUCUGGCCAAGGUGAUGGCUGAUUUCUAUGACCGCUUAGAAGCCACCGUAACUUCGCAUCAGUCCUCGGAUUCUCCUCAGCAAGCCCAAAUGGAUUUUGGUAUUGUUUCAGACACUGACAAACGAUUCCUUGUCAUGGACCUACGUGUUAAUCUCAACAACGUCCGAGCCGUCGUCCCAAUUUUUACUCGAGAUCUUUCAUACAUCAACAACGCCUUGAUCCGACCAAUUGUCGCGUAUAUCAACUCGAAGCGUACAUUCAUUCCUAUCAACUGCCGUCUGGUGAAGCGCGUCAGUGAUUUUGAUGGUAGCUGGACCGUCUUCGACAGUAGUUUGAUGGAUGACUUGUCGGCUGCGACUUACGAUGCAUUUGCUCGAGAUGUUGUGGACGACCAAGCCCGCAUCAGACGAUUCAAAAAGGUUGGAUUUUGGUCUCUUCAGCUAGCUGCUCAAGCUAUUUUUAUGGGUAUGGCGGGUAACAUUGCAUGA